AUGGCUGUCUGGCUCAUCACUGGCUGUUCUUCUGGGUUUGGCAAGGAAAUCGCAAAAGCAGCUCUAAAGCAUGGCGAGAAUGUUAUUGCCACUUCACGCAACGCCUCCAGGCUGUCGGAAUUGAAGAGACUUGGAGCUACAACUAUCUCCCUAAACGUGAAUGGGACGCCAGCUGAGAUCGAUGCAACUGUCGUCGAAGCAGCAAAAGUCCAUGGCACCAUUGAUGUUCUUGUUAAUAACGCUGCAUAUGUUCUGAUUGGAGGUAUAGAGGAAACCAGUGAUGCCGAGGCACGCGCGCAAUUUAAUACCAAUGUCUUUGGUCCUCUCUCAAUCAUCCGAUCUGUCCUCCCUUUCAUGCGUGCCCAGAAAUCCGGGGUAAUUGCCAACAUUGGUUCCCUCGGAGGCUAUGCCUCAAAUGCCGGCUCGGGAUACUAUUGCGCCACAAAAUUCGCACUGGCUGGACUGACCGAAGCCCUUCGAGCUGAAGUAGGCCCUCUGGGUAUCCAAGCGACCGUCAUCGAGCCUGGCUAUUUCCGAACCAAUUUCCUCAAAGCAGACGUGGAUGGUAAGACUGUUGCAGCGAAAACCAUCGACGACUACAAGCCUACAAUUGACUAUGUCAAGAGCAUGCUGAGUAUGUAUGAUGGGAAGCAGCCCGGUGAUCCGGCGAAAGGGGCUCAGGUGAUUGUGGAGGCAUUGACGGGUACUGGACAUGCGGCAGGGAAGACUUUGCCUGCAAGACUUUUGCUUGGGAGUGACACGGCGCCAUAUGUUUCCAGCAUCCAGGAGAGGCAGAACAAGGAGAUGGAGGAAUGGAAGGAGCUUAUUGCUACGACGGAUCACGCGAAUUGA